UAUGCAGUGCAAGUGGCUGAAUGCGCAGGUGGACGGGCAGGUGGACGAGCCUGGAUGCGAUGAGGAAAUUCUGGCACGUAAACUAGACGGGUGUAGUGUGCUCGGUGGCAGACUGGAAGCGGCGGGGUUCCCUUGUCUUGUCUACGUCGUCCUCACACUACCCGCCGCAAUGCCCCGCAUUCUAAGCCUGUCUAGGCCAAGAUUGGGCAAGCGAGCGUCUAAGGCGCAGCCGGAGGAGGACUCCUCUAUUUUGUCGACCGAGUCACGGUCGGCAGCGAUGAAGGAGGCCGCCGGGAAGGUCGUGAAAAGGGUCAAGCGACAACUCCGGCGUCUCGACGAGAUGCUCCACCACGUGACGCAUACCAAACACCACCACGGCACCCGCCAACGAGCUGUUUCGUUCCCAACUUCCAUCUCCCCUCCCAUCGAUAUCGCUCCCGCCUUCCUAACACUCCCGCCUUCCUCCUCUUCUCGCGCCCGCUACGACAGCACUCACGUCAAGUUCGUCAGCGUACCCGAUUCCCGAAGUAUGACAAGCUCAGAACACUCUUUUGAAUCCAAUCAGCUUCCUAACCCACCCGCGGACGUCAAGCCCGUAGAGCGCGUCGACAUGCCCGCGGAUAGCCCCAGCGAGCCUGUCGAGCAGGCUGUCGAGGUCGUUGAGGCUCUUGUCGCACCUGUCGAGCAGGUCCAGGCCCAGGACGAGCCGUCUGCCUCUGAGCUUCCGGCCCUCAUCCCAGAGGUGCUUGUCGCGCCAGAGACCCCCGAUCCGUUCCUUAUCGAUGACGAUGGGGAUCCUCUCUCCGAAGAGGAGCACGCAGAUUCGGCUGACGUGUCGCAGGCGACCGCAUCGCCUGCUGAUAAUGUCCCACUCGACCUUGAGCCGGGGCCUGCUUCCGUGCCCCAGGCCGAGUCCGCCCCAGCGCCUGCGCUGGUCGAGCUCCAGCCUCAGCCUGAAGUUUCGCUCGCCUCCCCUCUUCCCAACCUGAACAAAGAUGUUCCGCCGCCGCCCACCGACGACGACGAUGACGAGGAGGAAGAAGCGCCCGACCUUUACGUCCCCGCGCUCGUCAUGCCCACUAUGUUCCUGCCCAUUCCAAAGACGGACCCGCUGACUACGCUCUUGAACAAAUAUAUUUAUCCCCCCGAACGACGUCCUCCAAGAGACCUGACCGGUGACUGGCAGAGAAAUGAUUUCCAUACGCUCGUGAUGACCAACAGCUGGCGAGCAUUGGCGAAAAUGGCUAGAGACCGCCUCGUAACAGCAGACGCAUCGGAUUUGACACUCAUCCUCGGGCUCUGGCACCUUCGCCUGUCCUGCCUCGCCCGCCUCCGGCUCUUUAACCAAACCUCCGCGGAAUGCACGAACCUCUUCUCGUCCCUGCACGUCAUUGAACCCCCGGAGGCGCGCGACUACGUCUUCGAGCGCUUGCUGCCUUUCGAGCUCGAGGUGAUGCAGACGCGGCUGAAGUACUGGGCUGGCGACCACAUGGGCUACCUCGACGCGCUCUCUGCUUUGUUGCGCAAAUGCCGGACGAAGUGCAGGGCGGCAGGCGGUGACGAGGCCCUCGUCCCGAUGUGGAAGGAGCGUGGCGCGCGAGUGGUCCUGAUCAUGGCCUCACAAUUAGUUGAGAUGAAGGAAAUGACAGCGGCAACCAAGCUCCUCACACCGCUCUGCACACAGCCCAACCCCACACUCCGGAGCGCACUCGCGCGUAUCUACCUCCAAGCAGGCGAUGUCGCUGCUGCUUCUCACCACUUUGCUCUCGUCGAGUCCGACCCUGCUGCCACCACUUCGCAGAAGAAGGCCAACGCGGCGCUCCUCGCAGCGGCACGGGGUGACUGGGAGGAAGCGAGCGACGAGUUGCAGGAGGUUCUCGAGGGUGAUGCGCAGGACUAUGUGGCGGUCAACAACCUGAGCGUGGCACUGCUUGCUCAAGGAAAGGUGAAGGAGGGCAUUGAGGUACUCGAGAUAGCCCUGAACGCAAGCCCGACAAGUGUGGUUGUCGCCGAGCCGUUCUUGUUCAAUCUCGCAACGCUGUAUGAACUCCGUUCAACUGCAGGCUUCGAAAAGAAGAAGGAAUUGCUCGUCGAGGUGGCCAAAUGGAGUGGAGACGGCCUGAGAACUACCUGCUUGAAGAUGCCUGCUAAUUA